CACGAGUAAGAUGCAGCUCUCUCCCGAAUGUUCACUCAGAUACAAGUCGACGAUGGCAGACCAUGGAAAAGAAGCUGACGCUACAGGGAAAGCCAGGACCGACGUGGAGGAAAGUGCAGCAAUGGGCCUCGCGAAAUGACCAACGGUGGGAUUUGUGCGACGGCCCCUGAGAAACAGCCACGGCUGCUGGCCAACGACCCGGCCUCUUUGCGCAAGAACCUCAGCAUCCAGCGCUACGCCGUGAUCCCGCUCUCCACCAACUCGGGCCUGAUCGGCUGGGUGCCCCACUGCGACACGCUCCACGCCCUCAUCAGGGACUACCGCGAGAAGAAGAAGAUCCUGCUGAACAUCGAGCACCGCAUCAUGCUGAGGAUGGCGCCGGACUACGACCACUUGACGCUCAUGGAGAAGGUCGAGGUGUUCGAACACGCUGUGAACAACACGGCCGGGGAUGACCUGGCCAAGUUGCUGUGGCUGAAGAGUCCGAGCUCCGAGGUUUGGUUCGACAGGCGGACCAAUUACACGCGCUCCCUCGCCGUGAUGUCCAUGGUGGGCUACAUCCUGGGACUCGGAGACAGGCACCCGUCUAACUUGAUGCUGGACAGGCUGAGCGGGAAGAUCCUCCACAUUGACUUCGGCGACUGCUUUGAGGUUGCCAUGACCAGGGAGAAAUUCCCCGAAAAGAUCCCCUUCAGGCUCACGAGGAUGCUCACCAACGCCAUGGAGGUGACGGGUCUUGACGGAAACUACCGGAUCACGUGUCACACGGUGAUGGAGGUGCUGCGUGAGCACAGGGACAGCGUCAUGGCUGUGCUGGAGGCUUUUGUUUACGACCCGCUGCUCAACUGGAGGCUCAUGGACACAAACACCAAAGGGAACAAACGAUCCAGGACCAGAACGGACUCCUACACAGCAGGACAGUCAGUCGAAGCCUUGGAUGGUGUGGACCUUGGAGAAACUACCCACAAGAAGCCAGGAACCACCGUGCCUGAAUCCAUUCACUCCUUCAGUGGGUGUCAGUGCCAGGGUAUAUGCGUGCACGCACGCACACACACACACACACACACACACACACACACACAUAUGUACACACUGCCUGCUUCCAGCCACUCAGACUGUCAGUUACUCGCUGAGAUAGAAACUGAGUUGUUUGCAGUUGCCCAGUUAUACUAGAUUUAUACCCCCUCCCUCUCCUUAGGAAGGUAAUCAACCCUGAAAAACCCACCGUAAGGUGAAUUCUCAUGAA